CAUCACCGCACCGAAUCAAUAUCAUCUUCCAUUUUCUACUUUCCUUGCAUUUCCCUUUGUUCUCUCGUUUUUAUUUUUUCCCUUCUUCUUCGUGUAAUCGAUCGAAUCGAUCUCCUCUCUCACAAAAUCUUACAAAGCGUAUAAGAAUCAGGAGGAUCCGGUGUCUCUCAGGUUCAGACGAUGGCUUCGAAGCGGAUCUUGAAAGAGCUCAAGGAUUUGCAGAAGGAUCCGCCUACCUCAUGCAGUGCUGGUCCUGUUGCUGAAGACAUGUUUCAUUGGCAAGCAACAAUUAUGGGUCCUCCAGAUAGUCCUUAUGCAGGGGGUGUUUUCCUAGUUACUAUCCAUUUCCCUCCAGAUUAUCCAUUUAAGCCUCCCAAGGUUGCAUUCAGGACAAAGGUUUUCCAUCCAAAUAUAAAUAGCAACGGCAGCAUUUGUCUGGACAUCUUGAAAGAGCAAUGGAGCCCUGCUUUAACCAUUUCCAAGGUUUUACUAUCGAUCUGCUCAUUAUUGACGGAUCCAAAUCCUGACGAUCCAUUGGUGCCAGAGAUUGCUCAUAUGUACAAGACAGACAGGAACAAGUACGAGACAACUGCAAGGAGCUGGACCCAGAAAUAUGCCAUGGGCUGAAAGGUGUGUGAGGGAGGGGUGCGCCUUUUCUUUUUAUAUAUGUAUAUUUUUUGUCUUUCAGUUUCUGUAUGAAUGAACGUUGUGUGUCUCUGUCUGUGUUAAAUCCAAUCCUAAAAAUGGACUAAAAGAAGAGCUCCAAAUCUCUUCUUGCGUCUGGUUAGGAAGGAAAAACUCAUGUUGAUUUCUGUUUUUGUAUGGAUAAUGUGACCCUUGUCAAUGAAAUGAUGGACUCUGAUUGUCAAA